GGCCCGGGCCCUGCCCCUGCCCACGCCGGCGCCUCUGCCCCGCGCAGGCCCGCGCCGCGGAGCAGCUGCGGACGGAGGGCAACGAGCUGUUCCAGGCCGGCGACUACGACGGCGCCCUGGCGGCCUACGGCCGGGCCCUGGCGCUGGGCGCGCCGCCCCGGGACCGGGCGGUCCUGCACCGGAACCGGGCCGCCUGCCACCUCAAGCUGGAGGACUACGAGCAGGCGGAAAAGGAGGCGUCCAAAGCCAUUGAAAAGGAUGGUGGGGACGUCAAAGCACUUUACCGGCGGAGCCAAGCCCUGGAGAAGCUGGGCCGCCUGGACCAGGCCGUCUUGGACCUGCAGAGAUGUGUGAGCCUGGAGCCCAAGAACAAGGUGUUCCAGGAGGCCCUGCGCAGCAUCGGGGGCCAGAUUCAGGAGAAGGUGCGCUACAUGUCUUCGACCGAUGCCAAGGUGGAACAGAUGUUUCAGAUCCUGCUGGACCCCCAGGAGAAAGGCACUGAGAAAAAGCAAAAGGCUUCUCAGAACCUGGUGGUGCUGGCCCGGGAGGAUGCCGGGGCUGAGAAGAUCUUCCGGAGCAACGGGGUACAGCUCUUGCAGCGCCUGCUGGACACAGGGGAGCCUGACCUGAUGCUGGCCGCCCUGCGCACCCUGGUCGGCAUUUGCUCGGAGCACCAGUCUCGGACGGUGGCCACGCUGAGCGUGCUGGGAACCCGGCGAGUGGUCUCCAUCCUGGGCGUGGAAAGCCCUGCUGUGUCCCUGGCUGCCUGCCACCUACUGCAGGUGAUAUUUGACGCCCUCAAGGAAGGCGUCAGGAAAGGCUUCCAUGGCAAAGAAGGCGCCAUCAUCGUGGACCCUGCCCGGGAGCUGAAGGUCCUCAUCAGCAACCUCUUGGAGCUCUUGACCGAGGUGGGGGUUUCAGGACAAGGCCGAGACAAUGCCCUGACCCUCCUGAUUAAAGUGGUGCCCCGGAAGUCUCCUAAGGACCCCGACAACAGCCUCACCCUCUGGGUUAUUGACCAAGGCCUGAGGAAGAUCCUGGAGGUGGGGGGUGCAGUGCAGGACCCCCCCGGGGAGCUCUCGGUGACCGCCGACAGCCGCAUGAGUGCCUCCAUCCUCCUGAGCAAGCUCUUUGACGACCUGAAGUGCGACGCCGAGAGGGAGAAUUUCCAUCGGCUCUGUGAGAACUACAUCAGGAGCUGGUUUGAGGGCCGCGGGCUGGCCGGGAAGCUGCGGGCCAUCCAGACGGUGUCCUGCCUCCUGCAGGGCCCGUGCGAAGCCGGCAACCGGGCCCUGGAGCUGAGCGGCGUCAUGGAGAGCGUGAUCGCGCUGUGUGCCUCCCAGCAGGAGGAGCAGCAGCUGGUGGCCGUGGAGGCCCUGAUCCACGCAGCCGGCAAGGCCAAGCGGGCCUCCUUCAUCACCGCCAACGGCGUCUCGCUGCUCAAGGACCUGUACAAGCGCAGCGAGAAGGACAGCAUCCGCAUCCGGGCGCUGGUGGGGCUCUGUAAGCUCGGCUCGGCUGGAGGGACCGACUUCAGCAUGAAGCAGUUUGCUGAGGGUUCCACCCUCAAACUGGCCAAGCAGUGUCGAAAGUGGCUGUGCAAUGACCAGAUCGACGCGGGCACGCGGCGCUGGGCAGUGGAAGGCCUGGCCUACCUCACCUUCGAUGCCGACGUGAAGGAAGAGUUUGUGGAGGAUGAGGCUGCCCUGAAGGCUCUGUUCCAGCUCAGCAGGUCUGAGGAGCGGUCAGUGCUCUUUGCCGUGGCCUCGGCGUUGGUCAACUGUACCAACAGCUACGACUACGAGGAGCCCGACCCCAAGAUGGUGGAGCUGGCCAAGUACGCCAAGCAGCACGUCCCCGAACAGCACCCCAAGGACAAACCGAGUUUCGUGCGUGCUCGGGUGAAGAAGCUGCUGGCGGCAGGCGUGGUGUCAGCCUUGACCUGCAUGGUGAAGACCGAGAGCCCGGUGCUGACCAGUUCCUGCAGGGAGCUGCUCUCCAGGGUCUUCCUGGCUCUGGUGGAAGAGGUCGAGGACCGUGGCACUGUGGUCGCUCAGGGUGGGGGCAAGGCUCUGCUCCCGCUGGCCCUGGAGGGCACCGAAGUGGGGCAGACCAAGGCUGCCCAGGCCCUUGCCAAGCUCACCAUCACCUCCAACCCGGAGAUGACCUUUCCUGGCGAGCGGAUCUAUGAAGUGGUCCGGCCCCUGGUCUCCCUGCUACACCUCAACUGCUCGGGCCUGCAGAACUUCGAGGCGCUCAUGGCGCUGACUAACCUGGCGGGGAUCAGCGAGCGGCUCCGGCAGAAGAUCCUGAAGGAGAAGGCUGUGCCCAUGAUCGAGGGCUACAUGUUCGAGGAGCACGAGCUGAUCCGCCGCGCGGCCACGGAGUGCAUGAGUAACCUGGCCGUGAGCAAGGAGGUGCAGGACCUCUUCGAAGCCCCGGGCAACGACCGGCUGAAGCUGCUGGUGCUGUACAGCGGAGAGGACGACGAGCUGCUGCGGCGGGCGGCGGCCGGGGGCCUGGCCAUGCUCACCUCCAUGCGGCCCUCGCUCUGCAGCCGCAUUCCCCAAGUGACCGCGCACUGGCUGGAGAUCCUGCAGGCCCUGCUGCUGAGCCCCAGCCCCGAGCUGCGGCACCGGGGUGCCGUGGUGGUGCUGAACAUGGUGGAGGCCUCGCCCGAGGUGGCCGGCGCCCUGAUGCAGAGCGAGGUGCUGGAGAUCCUGUCGGUGCUGGCCAAGGGCGAGGACGGCCCGGCGGCCGGAGCGGCGGCCGCCUGCCUGGGGAGAGCGGUGCAGUACGGGCUCAUCGCGCCCCGCCGCGGCGGACCGUGAGCGGCCGCGAGUGUG